GCCACGCCCCGUCACGUGCCCACCGCGUCGCGUCACACGCGGAAGCGGCGGCCGGAGCGGAGCCGGCAGCGAUGAGCGGGGAACCGGGGCCGACGUCCGCAGCGCCCUCUCCCGGGGAGGUGGAACCGGGCAGUGGGGUUCGCAUCGUGGUGGAGUACUGUGAGCCCUGCGGCUUCGAGGCGACCUACCUGGAGCUGGCCAGUGCCGUGAAGGAGCAGUAUCCGGGCAUCGAGAUUGAGUCGCGCCUGGGGGGUACAGGGGCCUUUGAGAUCGAGAUCAAUGGACAGCUGGUGUUCUCCAAGCUAGAGAAUGGGGGCUUUCCUUAUGAGAAAGAUCUCAUUGAGGCCAUCCGGAGAGCCAGCAACGGAGAACCCCUAGAAAAGAUCACCAACAGCCGGCCGCCCUGCACCAUCCUGUGAGCACCCGCGGUUCUGGGAGCCACUGGGAGCUCCCCCACCUUUCCCCUGACUGCGCUCCUGGCGUCCGCUCUGCCCCUUUGGAUACAAGGAGGAAGUAAAGGCUCGAGGGGUCUUGAGAGCAGGAGAGGGACGCUCGCUGUGGACACGAGGUCAUCGCCCCUUUCCAGGAACGGAGCCCAGGCCCGGCCCAGCCUGGCAGCACCUGUCAGAUGGCACCAUAGAUCUUAUUUACUCCCCCUCGCCCCCAGCCCUGGGCCGGGUCAGCUAUGGGCAAUAAAGAGGCACUACAGACA